AUGCCUCAACCUGCCUUACAGCCAUCAUGCAGCCACUCACCCAGGAGGCAGCCUCCAAACCCGAGCAGGGUUGCCCUUACCCUUGCCUUGCCUGUGAUGCAGGCCUCAUCCUGGUGGCAGACCAAGAAGCGCAACCCAACGGAGCACAAGUUGCUGCGGACACAGAAACGGCCGGGGCUUACUGCUAGGCAUCACUGGAGAUAUCAAGCUCUGCAAAGCAACUUGACCCUUACUCCUACUUUAACUAAAACUGUGAUGCCAAUCUGUAUGCCAUGCUGAUGAUUUCCAUUGCUUUUUAAAAAGCUUAAAAUAUAAUCCUGUUUACUCUCCUAAUAUUAAAAAAAAAAAAAAGCAAAAAAAAGCAAUGUUUUUGAUGCCAUACUAAUGUUAUCAUAUAUCUACAAAUCUGUUUGCCUUUAUGGACAUACUAUAGAUACCAGAACCAGUACAUUAAGCUGUAGUUAUUCUACUGACUAUAACGUCCCUUUAAUUUCUUCCUAAAGCAUAUUCCACAAAGCAGAGUUUGGCAUUUUAUUGUUUACUAUAUUUAUAGCGACUCCUGUUUUAUGUUUUCUCCCGAACAAAUGUGUUUUUUGUUUUGUUUUGUUUUUUUUACUAAUGAGAAUUCAAAGUACAUUUCAAAUUAAAGGCUCCGGUAAUCAAACUGAAAGCCUAGCUGACUGAGAGAAUCAUUCCAGUUUUGAUAUUUUACCUUAAAUUUGAAAUUCACUUUGAAUUCCUUGAUUUCUCACUUCAGUGAAUAACCCUGUAAGUCUUUAUUGUAUCUUUACAAGGUAAAUUUUUUUGGGGGGGCGUUUUUUUAAAUUUAUUUUGUUUGGUCUUUUUUCUGCAGGUACAAUAUGUAAGGAAUAAUUACAUAUAGUUUCCUCACCACACUGUUCUCAUUUAAAUUUUUCUAGCAAAGCAUGCAUCAUCCCAUGCUGGUUCCUAAAAUAUUUGCUUAAAGGAACACUCCAAGCAUUUAGCUUACUGACGUGCUUUAGGGUUAUAUUGCUAGUUGGUGCUGACCUAUUUUAGAAAAGUGUCAAUUUCAGAGCAAACCUUUUUAUACAACACCUUUGUCCCACCUUUCUCACUGUACAUAUGACAAUCAGGAGGGUUUCCUGCCUCACUUCAUCUAAAAAAUCUUAAAUGCAUGUUUUUUUUCCCGGGGUAUAUCUAUUGGCUGAUUUAAAAAAAAAAAAAAAAACACAUUUGGUUCAGAGUGUUCCUUUUAAAUAUUUGAAUUUCACAACUCUUUUAGAUGUGCGAUUUGAUGUUGUGUUUACUUUUUUAUUACUUUGUAUUGCCCACUAGCAAAUAAUUUUUGACUGUACUUAUUUGUACUUCCUACAAUGCAUGCUUGUAUAGUUCUCAACUCCUUAAAGUGGCACUGUCAUGCUGAACUUACCUUUUCCUAAUCGCUUCCUCUUCUCUUCCUCUCUCAGGAUCUGUUCUUCAUUUCUUCCAGUCUGCUCUGGUUUUCUUUCAUAAGUAGGAACUAUUUUGUCUUCUAUAUAUUUCCUACGGCUGACCAGCGGAGGAGCAAAGAGUGCUCUGUUUCCUGUGGUCAUAACAACUUUCCCACAGUUCUCAGCUUUCCUCCGUGGUCUCGCGAUGCCUCUUUUCACUUUUUCCGAAUGUCCUGUCAUUUAGACAGAACGCUGGCGAAACUACAUAAUUUUGUCCUAACAGAGAACAAUUUGUUCAUUCAUGUUCUGACUGCAAUCUGUACUUUUCCGUCGGUUCGAAAUUUCAUUCUGAUUAAUGAAAUUCUGAUCUGUGCUGUGGCUGCGUAUUGCAGCCGCGUAGUAGAUAGCUCCCUAAUUCUCAUGGUAUCAGGGUGCUAUCUACCAGAAGGCUGAAAGACCAAGAUUGGUAUUUCAGCCAACCUUACUAAUACUAAGUAAAGAUUAAUUAGUAUUAGUACUUAAUCUGACCCUACUCGCUAUAUCGCGAGUAGGGGGUAUGUCUAGUAAACGGUAAGCAGCCUGCCCCCACCGCGUGCCACACGGUUUUGGUCCAUGCGAACAAAGAUGGCGGCUCCCAGGACCUAGAUCCAGGCACGAAAUGAAGAUUAAAAAAUCUGUAAUAUUGCCGGUUUAGGGGCAUUUGGGGGUGCCCAGGGGGAAAAUUAGAUGUAGUGGAGUCAGGUUUAAAAAAAACACUGUAUUUGGACAUGACAGUGCGGCUUUAAGAUGACAUUUUUGUGCAUUAUGCAUUCAAUUAUUAUUGGCCAGGAUCCAUUAUAGUACGCGGAUAUAAUUAAACAAAACAACACAUUAAUCUGUUAGAUUUAAAGGAACACAAACAUAUCCCUGACCCUAUAGUGUUAAAAAUACGAUCUAACCCCCUUACCCACCCUUGCCUCUCUUAAUCUUACUUUUAUUCCAGUCUUUUGUUCCAAUCUGCCUUCCUGGCUGACAUCAUCAGAAAUGAUGACCUGAGACAAUCCCAAUGCUUUCCCAUAGGAAAGCAUUGGAUUGGCUGAGAUUGCCAAGGAGGCAGAUCAGGGGCGGAGACACUGAACGUUCAGGGUCUCCAUGCAGGGGGCGGAGACACUGAAUGUCAGCCACACUGUGUGACACAGUGUGAGUCAGCACUGCCCCAGGAAGCACCUCUAGCAGCCUUCUGAGCAGUGGCCAGGGGAGGUAUCCCUGAGGUGUAAUGUAAACACUGCAUUUUCUCUGAAAAGACCGUGUUUACAGCAAAAAGCCUGAAGGGAAUGAUUAUACUCACCAAAACAAAUACAAUAAGCUGUAUUUGUUAUGGUGACUAUAGUGUCCAUUUAAAGGUGAUUGGAAACCAAGUAAGUAUUGAGCGAAAAGUUUAUUCUACGAUCCCAAGAUGGCAUAAGUUGUUAAAAAAUUGACUUUAACCACAAAGUCAAGUAAAGUAUAAUGUGUAAACGGAAACAAAUUUUAGCUUCAUGCGUUAGAUUUUAUCAGGCCGUCAAUCUUUAGCAAAAUAUAAACCGAUUAAAUUCUGAGCAAAUAGGUUUAGUGCUUCUAGUACAAGUUUCACUCCAGUGUCCUACAAAACAUAUUUAGACAAGCUUGCUGAGCAGUAUGGGACAUAUCUGCUCUUGUGCUUUAUGGUAUCCAUAAAAGCAAUAACUAGGCUAGUAAGUAAGAGAUUCUUUGUUGGCCAUAUAAAGGAACAUGUGCUCUUUACUGUGGUUUUUCCCCUGCUCAUAAAAGUAUACAUGUCGCUCUCCAUCACUUACUGUAAAGGAGCGUGAGCCAUGUUUUGUAUAUACCUCCCAACAUUUCAAAGGGACAAUUGGAUAUAUAUUAAUUUUAAGAAAUUAGGGGGGCGGAGCUAACUACUGAACCGACUGGUCGCAUCUUCUGAGAGCUCCGAGACUUAACGGAGAAAAAGCAAGAAAAAAACACUAUUUUACCCCCUCAAAAGCAACCAAGACUGUCCUACUGCAGUGGACUACCAAUGGGCAGGAAAAACAAAAAGCCAAAACAAGAACUGCCCCGGCCGGGCACCAGCAUAGGGGACCUAUGGCGGCGAGCACAUGGUGCAUCGGAACCCAAUAUGGACGCCUACCUCGACGACUUCGACGACUCCGAUGAACGACUCUCAGAACUCGAAGUCCCACACUUACCUGUAACACAGGAGGCAGUGCAACCAAGCAAGCAGCCGGACACGGCCCCGGUCACAAAGGCCGAAAUGAGGGAGCUGCUGGCGGAGCUCCACCGGAAUAUCCAAGCGGAUGUAGCCGACAUGAGGAAAGACAUACAGGGUCUAACAAACCGCAUAGUGUGCGUGGAACAAGACUCCCUUAACCACUCGAGGACUGUAGCCAGGCUCCAGCAGGAGGUAAACACGCUGCAACAACAGCACCUGAGAGUGGAACUUACACUGGCGGUACUGGAAGACUCGCGCAGGGCCCAAAAUGUAAAGAUUCGAGGCAUAGCGGAGUCGGUCCCAGAUUCAGAACUCCCUCACUUCAUGAGGCGCCUAGUGGGUAACAUACUCCAGCCGAAGCAAGCUAAAGGGGUAGGCCUGGAUGGCAUAUUCAGAAUCCCCAAACCGCCAACGGCUCCUCCGGCGGCACCCAGGGACGUAAUUGUUAAAUUUCAAAAGCGGCAGGACAAAACAGCGGUUAUGACCGCCAUUAGGGGAAACACACCAUACCCCUUCGAGGACAUGGCCCUCUCUCUAUAUGCAGAUUUAUCCAGAGGAACUAUGGCCUGGCGCUCAACUAUGAGACCCUUCACUACCCUACUCCGCGCCCGUAAUAUUAAAUAUCAAUGGCGCUCACCACACAAGCUCCAAGUGUUGCAGGGAGACAACACAUACCUUAUAACGGACCUGCAGGAGGCGAAGACACAACUCGCUACCUUGGGCCUCCCACCAGACGCUCUGCAGCUACCAAACAACCCCUCCAGACCACAUGUAUGGAACCCUGCUAACUCUGAGACUUUCGUUCCCAGGCGUUCACGGCCAGUGGCCCGACCUGAGUGCACUUAACGGCCUGACUGAGCCGCACCACGCACACUAUUGUGGGACUUAUGUGAAUUUGGUUUAAAUAAUCGGUUAUAUUUUUGCCUACACUGUUAGCCCACACUCUAGCCGCGGACACCCCGCAUUAUUUUGCACCCCUUCACCCUACUCAGUUGGUAACCUUAAGUUGAGUUGCAACCUGAUUGAGCACAAGCCCUAGCGGGCUGGUUGGGUCCGUUACCAGAAAACACCUCAUCUGACCCAGCACUUACACGGUCCCCCUGGCAAAUUCAACCUUACUUGGCCCAUUAAAAGCCAUACCACAGGGGCCGAUAUGCCCACGGCAUGUAUUUGUUUUACUCUGCUCAGUUUUGUUUAUGUUUUAAAAAAAAUUUUUGCGCCAUGUUAACGAUUGUACUUCAAUCUUAAUAUUACACGGUGAUGUUUCUAAUGGGGCGGAAAGGUUUAGACAAGGGAGCGAUGACAUGUGACGUAACAAUUGGUACCGACCCUAAGCUAUUGUUUUUUCUCAUUUACGCAGUUCAUUGUGACAGGAGUUACAGCAUGUACCUAGCUUGAACAGUUACCUAACAAAGCGCGUUAACACUGCAUGCCCAAUAAAGCAACUGUCUUAGCACUUACUAAACCCUGACGUUUGACCUAAUCUGCGCAGGAACAACUCUGACUUGAGGCUGGUAUACAGGACAAUAUAGCUACCACUACCCUAUAGUAUGAACAAUGUAUAGAGCCCUGAUGCGUUACUGAACCGAGCCCUAUGUAUAGCACACUAUCUGAAGCCAAUAACAUACCCAAUGGGUGGGAAUGUAAUGUAUUAGAGCAUUAACCUAUCGCUACCUACUAGCUCCCCUUAAAAAUUUGUGCUGGUUUACAAAUGCCAUAAUGUUGUUUUUCUCUACUGUUAUUAUUGUACUUGCCCAUGCUGUCGUGGCAGUGCAAGUCCUUUUGUUAUAACAUGCACAACAAAAAUAAAGAAUUAAAAAAAAAAAAAAUUUUAAGAAAUUAUAGGUGACUUACUAAUAACAAGUUAUACAUAGGAGAGGAACAAUGUAUUUUUUUUUUUUUAUCAUAUACAGACUGAUUUCUAAACACAUUCAGUGUACCGUGAGUAUUAUUGCUAUGACACUUUUUAUUCUAAUAUGGAGUUCCUAGAAAAGAGACAGGAAGAUUUGGUCCAAAGUAGGGACUGUCCCUUCUAAACAGGGGCAUGCAGUAACUCUAUUUGUGUAAAUGUACUGGUUGUAAUCACGUAAUCGUGAGCAAUAGAAAAAGCUCCCAUUCAUACUAAUGGUGAAAUGCCUGUAUUGCACAGUAAUGAGAAUAUCACAGUAUGUGCAUUAGAGCCUCUCUGACAAUUGUUAAUUUUACAGUGCAGUCUAUGUUCUUCUACACAUGUAUUUUAUUACAUGUAGUGUUUGGAAUGGCCCUUUCGUUUCCUUCACAGGACUUUGUCUAUUAGCAUGACAUUUAAUUAACAUGAUUUGUAAUAACAGGACAAUUCACCAUUAUAAUAAUUUGACUGAUAAGCACAUGACAGCCUCCUAGCUUUUGAAAAACCGAACACAAGCCAAAUAAGACUCCAUUAACAGAGGUUUGAUGAGGGAUUGUGAUAGUCAAAAAGAUAUACAUAAAAAGAGAAAAGAUACUAGAAAUUGGCACAAAAAUAUUCAGAGCCAUAUUUGAUUCCGUUUAGCCAACACUUAGUCACUGAAAAUGUCAUGCCAGCAUGGAUUGUACCCCAUCUUAAUUAUCCCACAGGGGAUACCUUCCAAAGUUUUUACUUUUUGUCUCCUGUUACAUACAUGAGAAGGAAUCUAUAUAGGUUCAGUAACAUCUAGAAGUGCACAGUUUUGUAUUCCUGGCACUAUAGUAUCCCUUUAACAUUUGUUUGACUAUAUACGGAAGAUGGCAUCUUUUAAAUAAGUUUAAUUUACCACCUUGCAAAGUCGGGCUCUUUCAAUUGUAUUGUUCAUAACAUUAUUUAAUGUUUGAGGCUCUAGCACUCAGAUUUCUUCAGAUAGUCUCCUUAAAGGACAACUCUAGGCACCCAGACCACUUCAGCUUAAUGAAGUGGUCUGGGUGCCAGGUCCAGCUAGGGUUAACCCAUUGUUUUAUAAACAUAGCAGUUUCAGAGAAACUGCUAUGUUUAUCAAUGGGUUAAGCCUUCCCCCAAAGCCUCUAGUGAAAAUCACAGUGAGAGCACGCAAGCGUCCAUAGGAAAGCAUUAUGAAUGCUUUCCUAUGCGACCGGCUGAAUGCGCGCGCAGCUCUUGCCGCGCGUGCGAAUUCAGCCGACUGGGAGGAACGGAGGAGAGGAGGAGGAGAUCUCCCCGCCCAACGCUGGAAAAAGGUAAGUUUUAACCCUUUUCCCCUUUCCAGAGCCGGGCGGGAGGGGAUCCCUGAGGGUGGGGGCACCCUCAAGGCACUGUAGUGCCAGAAAAACGAGUAUGUUUUCCAGGGACUAUAGUGGUCCUUUAAGCAGCUCCAGCUAGCGGUUUGUUCACGUACAUCCUUCAGAUAUCCCCUCAGGAACUUAUUGAGAGCUGAAAGGUCGGGCGAAUGUGGCACCUUAUUAAUCUAGGAAUUUCUUGAAAUUAUCCGUUCACCAAACAGUUGUCUUAGGAGGUCCGUUGUGGCCCUGGCUGUAUGGGCAGUAGUCCCUUGCUGUUGAAACCACAUUUCAGGGCAGUUUUUCCUCCACUCCAGGACAUAAAAAAUGUCAUUCAUAUCCCAAUAUCUCACACCAGUAACUCCCAAGAUUUUGUUAUAAUAUAUACCUGCAACAAAAAAGCAAGUUUCAAUGUGUAAAAACUGAAAUGGGCAAAGUCUAUAUUUGACCCUGUAACUUUUCAAAACACCAUGAAACCUGUACAUAGUGCCAUCGUUGUACUAAUGGGACAUCACAGCAUACAAAUAUGUGUAGAUUAUUGCAGUAAAAGCUAACAGUAUUAUGACAUUUACAGUUAAAAUACCAUGCAGAGCCUGAUAAAUAACAUUUAAUUACUCUCACCGUUUUAGAUUUUAUUCAUAUUAAAUUAUGUUGAUGUGGAAUGGAAGCCCUAUUUCUCCUGAACAAGAUGUAUAAUAAGUGUGGGUACACUCAAUGGGAAAGAGGUAAAUUAUGGUUGAACAGACAUAUUGCUUAAAUUCCAGGUUUUGUUUUGGUUCAGAACUAGUAUAACGACCUCCGUCCUUAUGGGUUAAAAUAGGAUGCAUUUUUUUUGCACAGACUGCGUUCUAAACACAGACUUAAUUUCCAGUCCUUUUUACUCUUUUUAUACCUGGUUUCUUACAAAUGAUUCAUGGUUGAGUUAAAGCGAAUACAUGUUUAGCAAGACAAUUUCUCUAUGUGGUAAAGGGAAACUCUCAAGUACCACAAACGCCUUAUACGUCUUGAGUAGGUUACAGUUCAGUGAGUUUCCCUAUCUCGUUUCAUUCUGUGUAAUCGUGCUAGUAAGAUAGGACUGUCAAAAUCGGUGAUGUCAGAGAGUGAAGCUUGGCUUUCCCCUGAGUUGUAAAAAUACCUCAGAUUUUUAUAGUGUUUUAAUUUCGUUCUAUAAAACAGCUUGUGCAGCAGUUGUGCACUUCGGUGGCCUUGUACAUGUCCUUUUAUUUCAUGAAAGAAUAUGCACCAGGCUACAUUGUAAUUUAAUUGGAGUUGCUUGUUGUCUACUACUAAAGAAACACUCCAUUUGCCCUCCAUUUUAUUUUUUACCUGGAACUAUAGUGAUCCUUUAAAUCCUUAUUUAGUAGAUAUACCCUAAUGAAAACGUAUUUAAUUAUGGGUAAAUGUAAUAUCAGGUUGCAAUAGCUGCAGAUGUCUUGUCUGCAGCUUUUGCAAGCUCUCCCCUAUCACCCCAGCACAGAGUAAGAGUUGAGAAGCAUCUCUGCUGGACCCGUUUGCGCAUUCACAAGAUAACUGCUUUCCAGUGUCUCUCAAUGUUCUGGGAAACUGGAAAAAAAAAACACACCCUGUCUAUAUGACAGUCGCAGAGGGAUUUUUAUAGAAAUUUCAGAAACUGUUAAAAAUGUGACAGGCUUCAGACACAAAGCAUUUCAGCAACCCAAAGUGAUUUGUUUGUGGACUGUUCCUUUUAAGUUGUUGAGUAAAUAAAUACACAUGCCAGCUACACACUAUUCAGUUUUCCAUUGAAAACUGACAAUUGAUUUAAAUCUAUAAUCCCCUAGUUGCAGAUAUUCCACUUACCUUUCUCUAGCACUGGACCCCCUCAGCACUGCUGAUUACUCCGCCUCCCAUGAUGUCAUCUGUCUCACGAGCAGAUAGCCAAUCCAUAGAAGUGCAUUGGAAACAGAUUAACAUGCAAAUACUUAUCAUAGGAGAAGAUUAAACUCACUGCUUUUGGAUGAGCUGCAAUCUCAUGUGACAGAGUUUUACUCUGUCGUUGUAGAGGAAGCGGCUCGAGUGGCUGUCUGGAAGACACUAUUUUACAUUGCAGGGUCAAGAGGAUCGCACCAGGUACUCAAACCACUUUAUUGAGAUGAAGUAGUUUGGGUGACUUUAGUGGUCCUUUAAUAUCACUAUGCAAACAUUUUUUGAUAUUCAGAGAAUCAAGGUAGGCUAAGAAAAGUGAGCCACAUCAUGAUUUCCAAAAAUACUCUGCAUUUGCAGCACGUGAGGGACAUUUAGAAGUAUUUCUUUUGAUUGGUAAUAAAUAUAUUGUCAACUCCAUUCAUGAAUGUCCUUUUAACACUAUACAUCAUUAUAUUGCUUCUGUUCUGUUCUUUUAAUAACCAUACCCCAAACUUUUUUGUAAAGUCUAUAUUCUUUUUUUUUUUUUUUAUGUAACUUAAUUGGCUGCAGAUUCAUCCACUUGGUUAUAAAGAUUUUACAGCUGUCAUAGAGUAGCGUUUAUUCUGGUAUUAUCGUUCACUAUGGUAUGUCUCCACCCAGAAUCCCCUGGAUUUUAUGCAAGCUGUAGUGACGUGUUCAAAAGUAAAUAUUCUCCUGUACUUUUGGUAACUAAUGUGAAGUUACAACUUUUACGUGAUUAUUUUUUGUUUGGAAAGUUCUGAUUUACAACCAUUCUUUUUAUUUUUUUUAUUUUUUUUAUUUCUGUUUGUUCUCAUUUGCUUCUGAUCGUAUACUAAUUUGGGCUUUUAUUUCUUGGCUCUUAGAUGAGUUAACCUGAAGGGCAACCUCACCUGUAGGAUACUGCAGUGACCUGUCAUAAACCAGGAUGUUAUUCAGCCAAAAACACUCAAUUAAAAUUUUUUGUAUAAAUGCAUAGCUCAUAAGAAGAGCUUUAACCCCUUAAGGACACGUCAUGUGUGACAUGUCAUGAUUCCCUUUUAUUCCAGAAGUUUGGUCCUUAAGGUGUUAAAGAUAGACUCCAUUGAUUAUUUUUUUUCCUCAAACUAUUUUAGUAAAUGUACCCCAAAGAUAAUAUGCAAGUAGUCUUUGUAAGCCCACCCUUCUUUCCAUUGCUCUGAGUGCGGUGGAAAAUGCAGCAAUCGGAGGCUUUUCAAUGAGUGGGGAAGGCAGGUGUGAUCUAUGCUUCUGUUUCUACAGAGUUAAAUGUGCAUUAGACCCCUCCAUAAGAAAGCAUUGAAUCAAUGCUUUCCUAUGGGGAAAUAGCUAAUGCUGGAUGUCCUCGUGCCGUGAGUGAGGACGUCUAGCAUCCGUUAGGGGACCAAAAGUCUGGUAACAUUCCGGGAGCGCUUCUAGUGGCUAUCUUUGUGCUGCAAUGUAAACAUUGUAGUUUCUCAGAAUCGGCAAUGUUUUACAUUGCAGCACUAAGUGCAAUAGGGACAUUGCACCAACACUACUUCAAUGAGCUGAAGUGGUCUGUGUGCCUAAAGUGUCACUUUUAAUAAAAAAGCAAACUCAUCACAAAAGUGACUUUUUAAUCUAUGAGAACUUAGUCGUGUGAUUUUGUGUUCUAUACAUUCUGUAGGUGAUACAGGGUAGUGAUUGUUCACUAUGGCACUUUCAGUCUGACUAUCAAUAGAAAUUAAUAUUGAAAACAAGUACUGCUUCAAUAUCUGCAAUAAGGAUCAUAAAACUGUAUUACUAGGGAAUAGAGCAUCCUUAGAAAUGUACUUAAUUAAUAUAAUAAAGUUUCCCCUAUUUUUUUUUUUCAGUGUGCUUAUUUCGUGUCCAGAUGGGUUUUCAUGAGCCGAACUACACGCUAGUGACAUCACACACAAGGUAAGCAAGCCCUACAAUUUUGCCUAAUUCCUGGCUUUUCAGAACAUGGCCUCACCUUCUUAGCUUCUGCAGUAAACCCUUCUCUGUUUGGGGUUAGUGAUACUAGCAUAGUGGAGGAAAUAUGAUAUAAAUCUCUGGAGAACGAAGGGUGUGACUAUAAAAGAAGAAACCGGUUUAGAAGACUUUUUUUAUUGACCCAUUAGAAUUCAUUUAGUGGUUUUGUUAGCAGAGAACAUACUGCAGUUUUACUCUGCAGUGCAGUGGAAAUGUCCCUAUCACGGGAAUGUUGGGUUGAAUAGUGCGUUUGUAUGUACGAAAUCGUGAUUUUGAUAUGGAUCACUCCAUUUUUAGGAAUCCUGACAACAUUUACGUUCUACUUUAAUUUUUUGCUGGUUUGUUUUCGAAGAAGUUGAGUAAAAUAAUGUUUCUUUUAGCUUUGAGUGAUUUUCUUGUUAUUUCCAGAUUUUACAGCAUAUGCAACUGCAGCUCCUUAAAGGGGAACUGCCAUCCUCAGAAUUCUUUUUAAAUACAAUCUUAAAGGGAAACUCCGCUAUCCACAUAAUAAAUAUAUCAAAAUCUGUUAUAUAUAUAUAUAUAUAUAUACACACACACACACAUUUUUUUAUUGUAAUAAAUAUUCCCUUUUCCACACCAUCCCAUUGGAUCCUGAAAAUAAUUCCAGAGUAGGGGGCAGUGUCACCCCAAAAUAAUUGACACCAAGCUGGUAUACUUAGAGCCAGUUAUCAAAAGGCUCUAGAAAAGGUGAGCACUUUGAAUUUUAUAUUCUAUAAACACAACUAUUAUUGGAGAUACUACACUUAGUUUGAUACAUUUGUGUCUUCUAUAUAUGCUGUGGAGAGGAAUAUACCAUUGCCUGGAGAAAGGGGUCGUGUAGUCUACCUAAAAAGACACAAGACGCUUGGAAGUUUAGAGCCUAGAAACUAGAAAAGGCUCUAGAAAAUGUGAGUUUAGACACAUCUGUCACUUACAUACAAUUCUUUCAAAAAAUUUUUUUUAAUAUGCUGCACUAUUAUCUGUAUAUAUUUUCUCUUCUCGUUUUAUAUAUACAUAAUUCCUUGAGAUUAUUGUAGAGGGUAAGUGUGUUUUUUUUUUUUUUUUUUUAAAUAUUGGAAAACACAAUUUCACCUCACAUUAUUAUAUAGCGCUGCACUCUUUAAAAACCUAAGGAGCCAAAAGGUGGAAACACCAGCAAGGUCCCAAGUUUUUUCUGUGUUUUUUUUGGUAAUUAUGCCCUAUAUUUAACAAAUAUUUGUUUGUUAGGUCUAAAAAUUAAAGUGAAAUUGAGAAAUCCGUAUAGUUCUUUCAUGGUACCAAGCACCCUCAUCUUGGUUCCUGAUCAAUUAUUUUACAUACUCUACCCUUUGCCUCUGUCGGUCAACAUAGAGAGUGGUGAAGAAACUAUUUGUUUCUCCCUCUGCUCCUCCCAUGCCAUAUAUGCCCUGUUGUGCUUGGACUGAUCUUGAUUGUGAAGUUGAUUUCUAAAUCUUAAUUAUAAAUUUAAAAGAAAAGAAAGCAUCAAAUGAAAAAGUUAACACAAGUAUCAAUGUUUUAUCGAAUGGUGUAAGUUUCACAGAAGUGGCAGUUCCCACUUUACUCUAGGUACUUUAACCACUACAGCUAACUGGCACACCGUUUUCUGUCAAAGUGUGCUGGUUUAACAAAAGUCCUAAAGUUUAAAAAGUUUAACAAAAAGGCACUCACUGAUAUCUUUAUCUCUAGUGUGAACCCCCUCUUCAGCUACACAGUCAAUUAUUAAGCUACAUUUCCAUAUUCUCAAGUGCGAUUUUAAUCAAACAAGAACAUAGGCUGAGAGCAUUGGAAUAACCCCAUUUAAAUUAAACCGUUGUCAGGCUUGUGUCAGGGUUCUUUGCUGCCGCUCACUAAGGAGGCAAUGUGCCAGGGGGGUCAACGACUCUGAUCUGGACAGGCAGGAUCAUAUACCUUGUGAGGAGUCCAAGGAAUCAUGGUAGGGGAGCCUCACUGCAUCCUGGGCAGUAUACAUACUGGGGAGGUGUGGGGGAGUCCAGCAGUCUCUCAGAGGCAGUGCUCGAACCUGUACCUGGAUUGGUGCAUUUUCAUUGUUCUGUGCUUUUAGUGUUUUAGUCUGUAUUUCUGUAUAUGAUUUCUAUUAUAACCCUUGAUGUAUGUACCCUGACUGUGUUUCAAGGAUAUGCCUUUCUGUUUAUACACUUGGAAGAUCUUUGCAUUUUUUUAUCUGACCUUGGAAUGGACUUUGAUAUUGCCUUCAGGAUUCUCCCAUCUAUCCCAUUGUCCGCAUCGAAAGGUUCCAUCUUACCCAAGUGAUAAACUGUAUAUUUGUAAUGUAUUUUCAUAAAUUUGUAUUCUACAGGGCUAGGGAAUAUAUAUGAGCCUAUAUUAUUUAAUGAUGAUUCAUGUAAAAUUGUCACAAAUAAGUCUGGUGCUUAUUUACUUAUAUUUCUUUUCAGAUUACAGUUUGAGCAACCUUGGAUUUGGAAAUCCUAA